AUGUGGGACCUGAUGGGCCAUCCUUGCCGAACAUCGGACACCGUUGGUGUCCAAUGUUCAGCAUGGAGGCCUAGUUGGGGUAAUUCUAUGUACAUUUCUCCAUCGUUCCCUAGGGACCAUACAAAUAUUGGGCCCACAGCACAACCUACCAUAGCAGAUCGCAUGAUCCAACUCCGUGUCACCACGUUGUGCUGCUGGGUCACGGGGCUUUUGGACUUGUACAUCAGAUACCAUCCCAUCUGGCUUUCCCUUUGCCUUCAGCAUGGCAUGCUAGAGUCUGACCACUUGGAGCACAAUCUAGCAGACAGGGAAGGCCUAGCAAGACUGGUAAGAGCUUGUGGCCACUCAAGAGACCUUGCUCAAGCCAAGCUACUCCAUGCAGCCAUCCUUGACAGCAGCGAGCACAAUCAAGACAGGUACUUGGCCAAUUUGCUCGUCCAAAUGUAUGGUAAGUGUGGUAGUGUGGCCAAAGCCCGUGAGGUCUUCGACUCAAUUGAGCCCAAGAAUCAGUUCUCAUGGGGAAUCAUGCUGGAAGCAUACGUCCACAACGGCUAUCUCCAGGAAUCGAAGUGGAUCUUCAGCCAGAUGCCCGAUAAAAACGUUGUCUCCUACACCGCGAUGAUCGUGGUGCUCGUGAAAUUUGGAUGUUUGGAGGAAGCAAAAUCGACGUUUGAUGCCAUGAGCCAAAGGGAUGUUCUUCCUUGGAACGCAAUGGUCUCUGCAUAUGCCCAAAUUGGGCAUUUUCUAGAGGCAAAGAAACUCUUCGAUAGCAUGCCACAGUGGAACUGCUCGUCGUGGAAUGCGCUUCUCGCGGGCUACGCAAGCCAAGGCCUGGCGGCGCGAUCUCAAGAAAUUUUUGUCAUGAUGCCCGAGAGAGAUACCGUGUCUUGGAACAGCCUCGGGCAGGCCUACUGCACGGCGGAGGAUCUGGCGGGCGCGAAGUGGGCGUUCGAUCGCAACCCAGCUCGCGAUGUAAUCUCCUGGACGGCGAUGGUGGGCGCGUUCGCUCAGGGCGGGGAGACCCGCCAUGCGAAGCUCGCGUUCGAUCGCAUGCCGCAGUGGAACUUAGUCGCGUGGAACGUGAUGAUCACGGGGUAUGCGCACAGCGGAGACGACGAUCAAUCUCAAUCCGGGUUUGGGCUGCGCCAGAUCGCGGAGCCGGAAGUGGGCACCAGCCGCGCGAUCGGGGACGCGUAUGAUUCGUGCGAGAGCUCGAUCGAGGAGGUGAAAGAGCUCUUCGACGGCAUGAGCGAGAGGAAUCGCUCGUCGUGGAACGCGAUGAUCUCGGCCUGUGCUCGAGGUGGGCGAGUGGAGGAAGCCGCCCAGAUCUUCCACUCCAUGCCCGAGUGGGAUUCCAUCUCCUGGAACGCGAUGCUGAGAGCUCUGGCCGACAAUGCCCGGCUCAAGCAGCUAGAGAUCUUCUUCUUCCGUGACAUGCCCGUCACCAACGUUGUCUCGUGGACGGUGCUCAUCACGGCGUAUGCCCAGGCCGGGUUUGUGGACGAGGCGAAGGUUUUCUUCGAGGAAACGCGAGAGAGGAACGAGGUGACUUGGAGCGCAAUGGUGGCGGCGUAUGCUCGGAAUGGGUAUAUGGAGGAGGCCGCGAGUUUGUUUGACACUAUGCCCGGCUGGAACUUGAUCUCCUACAACGUCAUGGUCCAGGGGUACGCUCAAGCCGGAUCAAUCGAGGAAUCAAAGCAAGUCUUCGACCGGAUGCCCGAGUAUAACGUGGUUUCAUGCACGUCUUUGCUCGAUGGAUAUGCCGAGCGGGGGCGUAUCGAUGAAGCAUGGAGGGUUUUCAGUGAAAUGGUGGAGAGAGAUAUCAUCUCCUGGAAUGCCCUCUUCACGGCUUUGGCUCAGAACGGGCGGAUCGAGCACGCGAAGCUGGCGUUUGAAAAGAUGCCAAUGAGAAGCAUGGUCUCGUGGGCGUCUAUGAUCGUGGCUUACGCGCAGAACGGGAGGUUUAGCGAGGCCGAGAAGAUGCUCGAGAGCGUGCCCGAGGCACGGAAGUCCUUGUCCUGGAUUGCUUUGAUCGGGGCUUACUCACAGAGCGGUGAUCUUCAAGGAGCCGAGGCUGCGUUUCGCAAGAUUCCCAGCAGAGAUGUUGUGUCCUGGAACGUGAUGAUCGUAGUUCUGGGACAGCGGAAGCAUCUCUCUCGAGCAAAACGCUACUUCGACAGGAUGUCUCACUGGAACUUGGUCUCGUGGACGGCCUUGAUCGUGGCAUUCGCUCAAAUUGGGGAUGUGAAAGAAGCAAGGAUGGCAUUCGACAACCUACCCGAGGAGCCCAACACUGUGACAUGGACCGCUCUACUGGCGGCAUAUGCCCAAAACGGGCACACCAUCCAGGCAAAGGCUGUGUUUGACGAGAUGCCCGAAAGAAAUGAGGUCUCCUGGAGUGCAAUGAAUGCGGCAUAUGCCCAGGCAGGGCAUUUUGAUCGCGCCAUCGAUCUCUUUCAGGAGAUGAACCUCGAUGGAGUGAAGCCGAGCGAGAUCACCUUCAUAAGCACGCUCAUCGCUUGCAGCCACAAGGGCAUGGUGGAAAAGGCCGUGAAGUUGUUUGUUUCGAUGGUUGGCGAUCACGGGUUGAGAGCUGCCAGGGAUCACUACUGUUGCAUGGUGGAUGUUUUUGGGAGAGCUGGGCAGCUCAGGGAUGCGGAGGACCUGAUCGAGACCAUGCCUUUCAUGGGGGAUGAUGUUGCUUGGGGAACUCUGCUGGGAGCUUGCAAGCUUUACAAGGAUCCUGACCGAGCCGAGCGCGUUGCAAAAGAGAUGGUGGAAAUGAAUCUGGGCGAUGGUGCUCCGUACGUUCUCCUCACAAGCAUUUACUCCGAAGCUGGUAAACAAGAUGAGAUGGCUGCUCUCGGAGAAACCAAGGGGGGGUAA